AAUCCUCUCGCGAGAACCGGAAGUGCGCGCUACCGUUCUUUUUAAGAAUGUAACAAUUGAUCGACUUUUAAAGAAUGCGUCAAUGAAUUGGCUCGAAUGAAUGGAAUAAGUACUUUUAAUCGAAGCUCAUUCUGACUAUCGUUUGUUCCUCUUUCGUUCAGCAAGUGACUAAUUUGCAAAUCUCUCUCCGCUCGAAAAUGUGGAAAGGCAUUCGGCCUUUCGUAGCUAUGGUGAUUACAGCCGGCUUGUCAAUAGUAGCCGGUUACACUUUCUAUGUCUUGAAGCGACGAAGUCGCGGUGAUAAGAAAGCAGACGAAAUAUGUUCUCUGCCUGAGAAACAAACCAGCGACAAGCCUGUCAAGAAGAAGGAAGUUGAUGAUGGCGACUCGGUGACCACUGUUAACAAGCAACUGCAAUCUGAAGAACAAAUAAAACAAAAUGCCAGUGUAAAGACUACCAGAAUAGAUGAUCACAAUAAAAAAAGAGUAUUAGUACUUGGUGUUGAAAAAGCUGGAAAGACAACAUUUAUCUCAGCCAUGAGUAAUCAACAGAGCUCAGAAAAAUAUGUUCCAACACAAGGGUUUUCUGUUGUGACAACUUCAGUUGGAGAAAAAGCUCUCAAUUUUUGGGAAGUUGGUGGUGCACCAAACCUUCGACCACACUGGGGCCGUUACAUUGAUGGAACAAAUCUUUUGCUUUAUGUUAUUGAUUCAACUGAUGCUAAACUUGUAGACCUUGCUAAAGAUGAGCUGACUAAACUUGUCAAAGCCAACCAGUAUUUAGAUACUAUUCCAUGGUUAAUUAUUGCCAGUAAACAGGAUUUGCUUGGCGCUAUGAGUCCUGACGAAAUCCGAGAAUUGUUAAACAUACCACAAGUACCAAAACAGCCUGAAAAAAUAGUAAUUGGAAUGGAACUUCCUGCUAAAGGUUUGAAGAAGGGCAUUUCCAAAGUGAAGAGCUUUCUAACUGAAACAGCAUUUUAGCUUGAGGUACAUUUAGAAAGAAUAAUAGAAAGUGUAGCAUAGUUUAUUUAAAGAAACUUCUACUUCACUUCUGCCCACAGUAUCACCAAUUGUAAAUAUCAAGAUAGUAUUUUAUUUGAAAUUGUUACUAUUUUGAUGAAUUCUGCAUAUCAUUCUCUAUUUUUAUCAUCGUUUUUCACAGCAACUUUAUUUACAAUGUUGCCACUCGUUUAUCCAGUAGAAUAUACAACAGCUGACUAGUGUUUAGCUUAUAUUUAUAAUAAAAUAAAUUAUUAUCCCUAUACCAAAGAAAAUAAAUGUCAGGCCCUCCAAAUUGGAACUUUAUCCAAUAUAAAAUUUUCUAUAAAAGAUCUGAUACGCAGCUCUGACUGCAUUUUAUGUAUUAAACUAAGGUGACCUUCAUGUUUUUGUGAUCAUCUGUAUUUAUUUUUCAUACCACAUAUAAUUCAAACUGUUUCCUACAAUAUUUUGAAAAUAUUGUGAAGAUAAUCCAACCUGUUGCAUUUCAGUGACUUUUGUUGUAACUUUGUUAAGAAAUAAAAAUAAAAUAAAAUUAA